CGUCAAGUUCAAUUCGCGUCAUGAACUAACUCUAAGCAAGGGUCUCCCCUUAAAUACAUGCUACACUAUGUACAUACUAUGUAAUCCUACGUACAUAAUACUAUGUAUGUAGUACUAUGUAUUCAAUCUGAGUACCUACCUACUUGAGAUCAACAGAUUUACAGAAAUAUUUUCUGUAAACUUUGAGAAUUGAUUGGCAAUUGGUACUUCUCUCACCUUAGCAAUUUUAGAUGGCUCGACACCGUUCGACUGCCGCUCCCGGGGUCGCUAGAGAUGACUCGGAUGAUGAACUGGGUAUUGAUGACCAUCCCUGGGAGUGGAUUUACCGCCAAAAUCAGCCCUCUGCUUCGGCAAGUAAGAGAAAAAGGAGUGCCCAGCAUAACAUUGUUGGUGCUCGUAUGGGGAGCUUCGAAUGCUAUGUCGGCGACUGUGUUCUGUUAAAAGCUGAAGGUUCUAAUGAGGCAUGGGUUGGCAUUGUUGCCGAAUUCCGCGAAGCUGACGAAGACGGGGAUAAAGCUGCCAAUUUCCUCUGGUUCUCUACCGAGAAGGAGAUCAGGAAUAGUGACCGAAAAAGGACUGACUUCUUACCGAACGAACUAUACAUCACCCCUUCUUCUGAUGUCAAUCCACUAGCUUCUAUCAAUGGAAAAGCCACCAUUCUAUCCCACCAGAAGUUUCUCCAACAGUUCCCAACAGGCAAGGUCCCCCGUACCUCACCAGGCUACAAUAAGACCUUUGUCUGUAGAAGAGGAUGUAACUCGAGAACUUCGACGUAUACUCCCGAAUUCGUUUGGGAAGAUGUCUACCACGGUAGAGAAGGCGAUAUAGAUGAUUUGGUAGAAUUGGUGCGAAGCGGUACGCGGUCGACAAGAAAACGACGUAAUCAAGAUAUGCCGAUUACCGAAGCCGACUACGUUGCUGCUCCGCAAGGACAAGAACUAGAUGAGGAUUAUCCCUCUGAUGAUGCUGCUCGAUCUCGAAUUCUAGUCACGCCAAGAAAGAAACAGAAAACAACACGGGUUGUAACGCCUUCUAAUCGCCGAGUUGUAGUGAAAAGGGCGUUGGAGUUCACGCCGCUUGCUACACGCACUAUUUCUCCCACCUAUCAUCAGUCUUCCCCCUUUCAGAUCGCCAGGGCUCAACUGCAUGUGGCUUCGGUACCAACCAGCCUGCCUUGCAGAGAAUCCGAAUUUGCAUUAGUCUACUCACAUCUUGAGGCCGCCAUCACUGACGGGUCUGGUGCAUGUAUCUACAUAUCCGGUACACCGGGAACCGGGAAAACUGCGACGGUGCGGGAGGUAGUAUCCAAACUAGACGAGGCGGUGCGGUCCGAUGAGCUAGACGACUUUAUAUUUGUUGAAAUCAACGGCAUGAAAAUCACCGAUCCACACCAGUCGUAUGCUCUGCUUUGGGAGGCACUGAGAGGACAACGGGUUAGCCCGAGCCAGGCGUUGGACCUACUGGAGCGUGAGUUCAAUAAUCCUAGCCCUCGUCGGGUACCCUGUGUCGUCUUGAUGGACGAGCUCGACCAACUCGUCACCAAGAAUCAGAGCGUCAUGUAUAACUUCUUCAACUGGCCUGGUUUGCGACACUCGCGACUUAUUGUGCUAGCAGUAGCCAACACGAUGGACCUUCCCGAGAGAACCCUCAGCAACAAGAUCAGUAGUCGCCUAGGGUUGACGCGCAUCACUUUCCCCGGCUACAACCACGAACAGCUCAUGAAAAUCAUUCAAUCGCGACUCGAGGGCGUGCCAGGGAACAUUGUGGAGCCAGAUGCCGUCCAGUUUGCGAGCCGCAAGGUUGCUGCUGUGAGUGGCGACGCACGACGCGCUCUUGAUAUUUGUCGACGGGCCGUAGAGUUGGCCGAGGCCGACGUCAAGGCGUCGGAACCUGACCCAACGACCCCGAGCAAGAGAGCAAAGGCGAAGCUAGGCGAAGCAGACAGGACGGCCAAACCUUCGCGAGGCAGGGUCACCAUUGCAACCAUCAAGCGAGCUAUUAAUGAAGCGACUACCAGUCCAUUGCAGCAAUACUUGCGUGCUCUUCCAUUUGCGUCCAAGUUGGUUCUCGCGUCUCUUCUGGUGAGGAACGAACGGACGGGGUUGCCUGACAGCACUUACGGUGAUGUAAUCGGGGAGAUGAACCGGGCUCUUGUAUUGGAUGCCGGAAGCCGUCAGGUUCACUUGCUUAAGGGCACGGAGGAUAAAGAUUCCACGUUGGAUGCAGCCGCACAGAGGAGGGUAGCCAAGCUUGCCAGGCCAGCAGGAGUCAGUGCUGCAGCUGUGGACUUGACUGGAGCUGGCAUUAUCAUUCUGGAAGGCCAGCGACCUGAGCGGCCAAGUAAAAUUAGACUUGCCGUGGGCGACGAAGAGAUCAAACUUGCAUUCAGGGAUGACCCUGAGAUCAGGGCACUGGGUAUCUCAUUUUAGUGUACAUAUGCGUAAACCACACCAAACCGAGAAAUUUACGAU